GAAGCAGUUCAGUUCUUCAACGUGACCACACUCCAGAAAGAGCUGUAUGACUUUGCUAAGGAGAAUAUAAUGGACGAUGAUGAGGGAGAGGUGGUGGAAUAUGUGGAUGACCUCUUGGAACUAGAGGAGACCGCCUAGUUCACAGGAACCCGAGACUUCCCUCAGUGUUCAGGAAACAGAUUCUUCGUCUUCCUUUUCCCAGUAGCCCAGGCUGUGGAUACCUCAAGGCCUUCCCUUUAUGAAGUGAAAGGGAAGCCCCCAUGUCUCUCACUACACGUAACCGGGGCGAGCCUGCCUUCCCUGUGUUCACGCCCAUCUUCCCAUCUUCUCAUCUGUCUUCCUAUGGUGACGCCCAUCUUCCUGUCUUCACCCCUGUCUUUCCCAUGUUCACACCCACCUUCCUGUCUUCACGUCCAUCUUUCUCAUGUUCAUAGCUAUCUUCCCAUCUGUCUUCCCUUGUUCACAUCUUUCUCUCCACGGUUAAAUGUGUCUUUCUUACCUUUUUGGUUGGAAGAACAGUCUUUCAUGGUUUGUGUUCCCCCGCCCAGAAAAUCAGUAUUAUUUUUUAAAUAAGAAAAAUCCUCCUAAAAGUUGGUAAUUAUGAAAACCUCCUUGGGUCUUUCUGCUUGUAUAGAUUGUAGUCUUCUUUCUCUAAGCCAGGAAAGAUGGCUGAAGACAAAGAGUCAACUUCUUCAAGCUUCAUAAUGGUCUUCACUGGGUCUGAACUGUAUCACUUCUUGUACCAUUUAAACACAGGUUGGGUAGAUGUGUAGAAUACAAAAAUAUGGCUUUUGCCCAACACCUUUGAAUCUUCAAAAUCUUGCAAGCAUUGGCCAAUCUCAUUUGAGGACUAUGCUCAGUUAUGUCUCAAAGUUGAAAAUGGAAGAAAGCCAGGGGAAUUUCUUUCAGUGAAUGUGUGUUCAGUACCUGCUGUAUGCUAGGCAUUGCCUUGGACACUAGAGAUACUGCACAGAAUAACAGGGAAAAAAAAUCCUUUUCUUAGGGAAGAGAAAGACAAUAAAUUCACAGGGAUAAAUACAUACGGGCUAUCAGAUAUUGAUGAUUACUGUGGAGAAAAGUAAAAUGGAACAGGGGAGUAGACUGAGGUUAAGGCUGCAGCAAGGUCAGGGUAACUCCCUGAGGAGGUGACAUUAGAGCAGAGGCCUUAGGGCAGUGGGUCUCAAGAGUAAAGCAUUUAGACUGAGGGAAGAGCGGGGCAUGUAGUGCCUGGAGGGAACUUGGUUUUACCAUCAGGAAACCACAGGGAGGCCAAGCAGAGGCACAGGCAAGGGAAGGAUAGAAGGAGAGAAGGCUAGAUAGGUAUGUGGGUGGGAGCUAAGGACAGAUGGCUAGGCCUUGACAGUCCCUGUAAGGCCUUUGUUUUAUACUGAAUCAGGUGGGAGACAUUGGAAAGUUUGAGCAGAGGACUGUUGAGUAAAUUUGCCAAGGGUCACUCCAGCUGCCAUAUUGUGGAAAACCUGAGAGUGGGAAGGGGUGGAAACUACUGUAGGAUUUCAGGCUUGGAUCUGGCUCCAAGCAAGGAUGGGACAGAGAUUUGGCACAGAGCCCACAGUCUGAGGUUGGGAUGGAAGGCUCAGGCCACAAGUAGAAAUGGAGACCAUGCUGAGGGCAGGGCCAGAGCGGGGCCUGAGAUAGGGAUUGGGUGUAUGUGGUUUAUUAUGGAGCACUCUCAGGAGACACUGUGACUGCCUCUCUCUGGCAGUUAUUGGCUAUGGGAAGUCCCCUGAGGCUGAGGCAACCUUUGAAGGCCAGUGGCUUUCGUUGUGGGUAAUUCUCUAGAAAAGGAGUUGUGGGUCAUCAGUCGCCAGCAUGCUCAGUGAGGUCCUGGGUUCGUUGUGAGGGACUGGGAGGUUACUAGGGUGCAUGGGGCCACGUUAAAGGCAUACAUAUAUCAAGAAGCUACCAAAAGGAGCCAAGAACAGAGACCAGGGCUCUCUGGGAAAUCAGAAAUCAGCCAGAGAUGAGAGCCACCUUUGGGGUCAUGGAAAACCAUGAAGAGUAUGGAGUUCUGGAAGCUGAGCUUGCUUUAUUCAAACUUAUCACUGUCCCCCCUCCCCAAAUAAACCACUUGUCUAGUAGAGACCCUCCCAGGCAGAGGCAGGCACAGAAUUUGGGACAUAAGACUUUCCCACAGUGGCCUGCCUGGAAAAGAAGAAAGGUGGUUGUGUUUUGGUUGCUUUGGGUCUUUAUUCCAUGGUGAGUGACUGGGGAGUAGAAAGCCCACACAUCUGGGCUUUUCCAAGCUUCCUUUUCUCCCCCAACACAUUCUUCCAACCUCUGGGAACUCAGGUGCCUCCUGUUUCCCUUCUCGCACUUUUGCUUCCUUUGUCCCCUUAUCCCCUGGAGAGCAUAUCCUCUUUCACCUGCAUGAAUCCCCAUGGCAGAUUCUCCAAACAAGUCAACACAGCAACCUGCCACUUCUGCCUUUAGCCAAAUUAGCCCAUGGCAACAGUGCCUAUACCCCCCAGGGGACUAUUUGGGCAAAGGCGUGAGUGUUAUUGAUGAAUGCACUUGAGGCCUCAGCAUCCUUGUAUUCAGGUAUCCUCCUGUCCAGUAACAAAUCAGAUUUUAUGUGACUUCCUGGUGGAGGAACCUGCCCUUGCCCAGGGAAACACUGGAUUAUUUUUUUCCUUGCCCCACGCUCUACUCCUCUCCUUCCUUUUGAAGUUAAUGGGGACAUGGGCAGUACUAUACAGUGGUGGGACCCCUACAAGCCAGUGCUGCUCCAGGAUGUCCUAGUGUGUUCAGGCUGCCUGAUCAUCCUUGUCUUGCCUCAAGGCAUCCUUCCCAACUGCCUGAGGAAGUGAAGUCGCCAUCCUCACCGCCUGGGCUCGACAGAGCUAUCCUCUGGUCCUUGUCCUCAGAGCCUGGUAGAGCUUUUUGUGGUUGGGGUUGAGUUGGGCCCCUGAAGCUGUGCCCCUUUGACUGGGGCUUGAAAGGCUUCUCCAUUCCCACCCUAGCAAUGUCCCCUGAGGAAAAGACCCUGAUGACAGCCUGGUCAACACUGACAGCACUUUGCUUUGAUUUAGGCUGUGAGCUGAGUCACUAAAUAUUUUUAUUUCAAAGGAAACCAAUCAACCUUAAAAAAAAAAAAAAAGUGGACUGGUUCUUCCAAACCUGUACCAUGAAAUUCCAGUAUGAGGCUGCACUCAACCACCUCAAGCAAUCCUCCCUGUGUUUCUUGGAAGAGUCUAGAAGGUUUCUGGGUAUUGAGACUUCAUAGGCUCCACAUUGGUUUGGCCUGUCUCUUGAAAAAAAACAAGCAUGUUUGCAAGCUCUGUGGGAGUUUCCAGGGCACUCUGAGAUGGCCCACUUGUCCUCUGCCCCACUGCAUGGAGCCCACAAAACCCUGCUGGGUUUCCUCAGGCUGAUCACAUGGAGACCACCACCAUGGCCACUUGGGCAAUCCAGGAGGAAGGCACCCACUGUGAAGGGUCAAAUGCCACCCCAUCCCCACUUGCUAACUAAUGUUUGGCCUUGACUUCUGGAGAAGUAAGGGGCUGAGAGAGGUUUGUAUGUACAUGUGUAUUUAAGUGACUAACAGACUGAGAGGUAACACAGACCAACAGAUUGAACACGAGUAGCUUUCUGAGUUUGAGAUGUUCUAAUGGCUGCCAUUAACCUGCUCUGCUUACCUCUGAAGUCCAGAAGGAGAACCAGUGGGCACGUUGACCACAGAGGCCACGUUAGGAAGGAAAUGUGUGCUCUCAGGAGUUCAUUUUAAGAACACAAAAAUUUUAUUGAACCCAACUCAGUGGCGAACAGAAAAUGAUUUGUUAGAUUGUCAGUGGGAAAGGGUUUUUUAUGACUGCUGGCGGAAUAAACAGUGUCCAGGUUCUGCCAACAUUUAUGGAAAUAGUAUUUUUAAGUUUCAAAUGUGAGCUGUAAACUAAAGCUACUUUAGUUUUUUUUUUUUUAAAUCUCAAUACUUAAACUGUGGGGAGAAGAUGGAUGGGUGCCAGAGAAAACAUUCUCAUUUAAUAGCGUUUGAACAUGGAACUGCAACACAGUUUGUAGUGAGCCUCUGGGAAGAAACCACAACUAAUCCUUCAUCGCAGCUGUCUGAACUCUUGAUCAUCUGCCAUCCCCCAAACAGCUACUUCUUUUUUCUGGGGACUCCAGGCUUGAAUGACCUAGUGUGGAGAGUUUAAACUAUGUACAAGGAAGGGGGAGGAAGGAAACUUAAGUGAACCCCAGCCAACGGGUUUAUGGGUUGGUCUUCCUGUGUUUGUGACCAGGAGCAAGACUGGUCUCCAUGCUUAUCCCUAUGGCAUGUCCCCGCAAGAGAAGACACCAUGAAAGCCCCACUUCACCUUGACUGACCCACUUGUAUUCUAGAAGUAAGAGCUGGGAGCACUGAGGUUGUAGAUAGAAUGCUUUUCUCUCCAGGGCAGGUGCAGCAGCAGCCAUAUCUGGCACCUAAGUGUUGUCCACCAUAAAUAUCUGACUUUGGUUGCUUGCUGAGUUGGCUCAAUAUUUUCUUGGAGCAGUAGGUACGAUAUCGGUGCCUCAUUUUACAAGGAAAACAAUGGGCACCGGGUGUGGUGGUGCACAGCUGUAAUCCUAGCACUCGGGGCUGCUGCAGCAGGAUUAUGAGUUUGAGGCCAGCCUAGGCUACAUAGUGA